UUUUCAGUUUACGGGUUCAACUUGCGGUAUAUGUUUUUAUUCUUUCGACAUGCAAAAAGCUAAAAACAGCAGACAUCGAACGUCAGUGAAAGCGGCUCUCUGAUUGGAUAAGAGGAUCACCUUACAAAAGCCAUUCGGAAAGAUGAGAGCUGCGCGCUGAUUGGUCCUCACAAUCGCCUCACAGCCGCCGAGAUGGCUCACGAAAGCCGCGCGCUGAUUGGACAGCAGGAUCACCUCACAGCUGUCACUCAAAGCGGUACCUGCAAAGAGCCGAGUUAAAGCAAACUCUCAGAUCCCGCCCACAACUUAUCGGCUCUGCUUCGCUUCUUCUGACAGCGGGAUGAUCACAAAUGCUCCUGUGAUGAACUGAACAAAUGGCUUUCAAAACGCGGGAGGCGAUUUAAAAAUUAAAGGCGCGAAUGAAUAUGAAAGUGACCCAGCGAGAAGAAAGAAACGAGUCAUUUUUACCGAUUGGCUGAACCGCAUCUUUUCUCAGCAGGCUUUUUUUUUUCCGGCGUACGUGACGUCACGCACGCACAAAAUAUGACUGCGAGAAUAUGAAUGUAUGAAUGUUACAGCGUUUGUCCUUCACUCCCCUGAAAUGAGCUGAACGGGGCUUUACUAGAGACUCAGACCAUGAAUUACGUGGGUCAGCUGGCAGGGCAGGUGUUCGUGCAGGUGAAGGAGCUCUACAGAGGUCUGAAUCCCGCCACGCUGUCCGGCUGCAUCGAUGUCAUCGUCAUCCGGCAGCCCGAUGGAGCCCUGGUCUGCUCUCCAUUUCACGUACGCUUCGGAAAGAUGGGCGUCCUGAGAUCCCGAGAGAAAGUGGUGGACAUUGAGAUCAAUGGGGAACCUGUGGACCUACACAUGAAGUUGGGCGAGAACGGAGAAGCGUUCUUUGUCAAAGAGACAGAAGACGAUCAGGAAAUGGUUCCAUCUUACCUGGCCACAUCUCCCAUCCCAUCUGAUGGUGGGCUUCUGAUGGGCUCCAGCAGUGAGAAUGGACUAAUGAAGAAGAGGAGGAAAAGGAGAAGGAAGUGUAGGAUGGAGGAUGUGAAGAGGGAGGAGAGCGUGGAGUUCUCAGAGGAAGAGCUGUUCAACAUCGACAUCGAUGGCAGUGAACAGCCCGAUCAGAACAGAGAUCUGAUGAAUGGCGGUUCAUCCACUGGAAACAAACAAAACACAGUUCAUGCUCGUUCAGAUGGAGAGUGGAGUCCUGUUCACAGUCCUAAUGUGUCUCGUCCCUGCACUCCUAAAAGUGACUCCGAGCUGCUUAAAGAUCAACAGGAGUAUUCGGCCAUGUUGUGGUCCUGGGGCGAGUUACCUCAAGCCGCUAUGCCAUCGUUUCUGUCAUCGAAACCCAACGUCCUGCCUGCGUGCCCACUGUCAAUCCCGGUCUCUGACAACACACAUUUCAGAGUCAUCCCUGACACGGACGUCCAUGGCCACGACAGAAACAGGACAUUACCUUCUGGCGGCCAAUCGAACGGAGCGGCUUGCGUGAUGUCAUCGUUGGAGGAGGGAGGAACCAAUAAUGGAGGCCGCCCACAAAAUAAGACUGAUUCCCCUUCUAAAAGAAAAGAUAAGAAAAGCCACCAUUUGGGUUCUGACGGCGUGUAUUUGGACGACAUAAAAGAUCUGGAGCCAGAAGUGGCGGCACUUUACUUUCCUAAAAGUGGUUCGGAGCGUUGUGGUGAGAACGGCCCUCGCAGUGUGACGGUGUCUCCUCAGUCCAUGUGCAGCUCGGGAGCGGACAGCGGCGUGGACAGCUACGACCUGCCCUCUAUGUCCAUCUCUCUGUGUGGAGGACUCGCGGAAAACAGAGAGAUCACUAAAGAACAUUUCCAGCAGAAGUCUGUGUCAUUUCAGCAGUUUGCAGAUAAUCCAUCCAUCAUUGAUGACCCUAAUCUGGUGGUGAAGAUCGGCUCUAAGUAUUAUAACUGGAGCACCGCUGCUCCUAUUAUGUUAGCUAUGCAAGUCUUCCAGAAACCAUUGCCUAAGGCCACCGUAGAGAGACUUAUGAAGGAGAAGAUGCCCAGAAACCGAGGAAGAUGGUGGUUUUCAUGGCGAGGAAGAACAAACAGCACCAAACCGGAUUCAGUCUCGGGUGGUUCAGCAUGUCCUGCAGGAGACGAGGCUAUCAAGAACAGGCGCUCAGACGAAUCCUCCUCCAGCGAUGAAGACUUAACUGCCAAACAAACCCCCGUCCCUGUUCACGCAGACCCCGCCCCUGCGGGAGGGGGCGUGUCCUAUCAGAAAACGCUCCGCCUCUCUUCAGAACAGCUAGUCAGUCUGCAGCUCAAGGACGGGCCUAAUGACGUGAUGUUUAGUGUGACCACUCAGUAUCAGGGCACGUGUCGCUGUGAGGGAACCAUCUACCUGUGGAACUGGGAUGAUAAAAUCAUCAUAUCAGACAUCGAUGGCACAAUCACCAGAUCAGAUAAGCUGGGGCACAUUCUGCCCACGCUGGGUAAAGACUGGACCCAUCAGGGCAUCGCUAGCCUGUAUCACAACAUCAGCCAGAAUGGGUAUAAGUUUCUGUACUGCUCGGCGAGGGCGAUCGGCAUGGCUGACAUGACGAGGGGUUACCUGCACUGGGUCAAUGAGAGAGGAACAAUGCUACCACAAGGACCUGUUUUACUGAGUCCCAGCAGCCUGCUAUCAGCCCUGCACAGGGAGGUGAUUGAGAAAAGGCCAGAGAAGUUUAAGGUGGCGUGUUUGACAGACAUUAAGAAUCUGUUCCUCCCAAACACAGAGCCCUUCUAUGCAGCGUUUGGGAACAGAGACACCGAUGUGUUUUCCUAUAAGGAGGUGGGAGUUUCUUUAAACAGAAUCUUCACUGUUAACCCUAAAGGAGAACUGAUCCAGGAACAUGCCAAGACCAACAUCUCAUCGUACGUGCGUCUCGGUGAGGUGGUGGACCACGUCUUCCCGCUCCUGAAGCGCAGAGGUUCCUGUGAUUUCCCCUGCAGUGAUACCUUCAGCCAGUUCACCUUCUGGAGAGAACAGCUCCCUCUCGUGGACGGACAGAUGGCCAACGCCAGUCGCUGAUCACCUCACUUUAACCGCACAGAAUACGGAAAGACACAGGCUGAAAACCAAAACUAGUGCAACUGUACGAACAUCACACAGAAAAAGUGGAUCUGGACCUCCAAAAAACUGCACUUUCUUGGAAAGAAGUCUUCACAUUUGAGUUUUGAUUUAGAGUAUAAUGGUAGCAGAUUUAUAUAAAAAUGAGCCCGGAUAAUGGACAUAUUUUGACUUUUUCAGUUUUGCUUGUAGCGAUCACAAGCUUUCGUGUUGCUGUUACUAUAUUAAUGCAAAGCAAGAACAAUCCCAUCACGUCAGGAUAGCUACUGUCAAAUUUCAACAAAUAAUUAGUAUUUGUUAAAAGUCAGAGAGAAUGAAACUGAAUAAUGUUACACAUGAAUGCAUAAGGCAUUUAUACAAACAUUUUUUUUUGCACACUGUGACAAUCAAACACUUUUUUGUUGUUGUUGCAUUUAGGGUAAAGUAAGUUUAAAUUUGCAUAGGCUAAAUAUACUUUGUUUUCUUGCAAAAUAUGACCAAGAAAUGUAAUUUUCUGAGAUUUACUCAUUUAUUCUCAGAAUUUUGAAUGGAGUAUUAAGUCAUAUUAUUUUUGUCUUAUCACAUCAUAUCAUAUUUUGAAAUUCCUGCCUUCAUGUGUCUUUACCCAGCACUUUAUGUUACUGAAGAAAAAUAUACUGUCAUAUUUUUUAUACGACUUGAUAAUCAUAAUCCUGUUUUGGUUUAGUCCAUUUUAAAGUGGGUUUCAGUUAUUUGCAUAUUUAAUAUCUGAGACAGACUCAGUUUAAACAUAUGCUAAACCUGUAGCAUGAUGUUGUUGAUAUAAUUUUUUGUUUGAUUUGCCUUGUUUUGCUUUUUAUUAAAAAUGAUUUUCAGUCAUUAGUUCCCAAGAAAGACAUGAUUGUAUUGACAAAGGUGUUUGGUUUUCUGGUAUUCUUUCAGUGAAAGAGCGGUAGAUCAGAUUCUCAUGGGUUUUGGUUUUCAAUAAAACAUAACAUCAAAUGUA